AACAGCCCAGACCUUCGUGCUCCAAGAGCAACAUCCCCCUCAACUGCACCAGUUAGCGAUCAUGGCGGACGUCCAGAAGCAGCUGCAGGCGCUAUCGGACGAGUACCAGAAGCUGCAGACAGAGCUCGAGACCAAUAUCGAGGCCCGUCACAAGCUCGAGUCGCAGCAGCAGGAGAACAAGGCUGUACAGAAGGAAUUCGCUUCCCUCGAUGAGGACGCAAAUAUCUACAAGCUCGUGGGGCCCGUCCUCCUGAAGCAGGACAAGACCGAAGCCACCAUGGCAGUGGACGGUCGUCUAGAGUUCAUCGAGAAGGAGAUUAAGCGAAUUGAGGAUCAGAUCCAAGAUCUUCAGGACAAGAGCGACAAGAAGCGCGCAGAGGUCGUCCAAUUCCAGUCUCAGAUCCAGCAGCAGGCUGCCGCGGCUGCGGCGUCAUAAAAAAGGUCCGCUACCCACUGCAAUGAUGGCUUGGUUUAAUUCAACGAGAUGAGACACGUGCGGAUCUGAAGGAAGAUACCAAAUGUCUGGUUCCUAUGUAUAAGGUGGACUUCUUGUUGGCCGUUCACCCAUCUGCUGUUAACUUGGUGGUCAAUGGUCAUGGCCGAAGUCUUGAUUCGAAUAAUGUUUAUCUUCAUUAUGUGGGAAAAGAGGGGGAUUCUACUGAGCCCAUGAGGAUAUAAACAAAAUAAUCAGAAUGACUGGCUCUCCUGAUUGUGUCGAAGCCCGAUGUCGAUGAAAUAUGCCUGUUUGACUACAAGCAAAAAAGACUUAGGACCUUACUUUACUAGCUGGAGUCAGCUGUCUCGAUGUGCACAUAUACACAAA